AUGAAGUGUAAUGCUCGUGCCCGGAUGUGGUGGCCGGGGAUCGACGCCGACAUCGAGCGCUGCGCCGGCGCGUGCGGCACGUGCGUGAGCGUGCGCGCCGCGCCCCCCGCGCCCUGGCCGCGCCCCGCCGGCCCCUGGCAGCGCGUGCACAUCGACUACAUGUCGUUAGGACAGAGUGUGUACCUCGUGGUGGUGGAUAGCUACUCGAAAUGGGUAGAAUGUUUGCUUAUGAAUAACGGCACUACUACAAGCGCGCUGAUUUCGAAGCUAAAAUAUUUAUUUUCAGUUUUUGGAAUUUGUAAUACGCUAGUUUCAGAUAAUGAUGCCAAAAUUAAGAGGAGAGUAUAG